AGGAGAAUCAAUCAUUACUCCGUCGCUCUCAUUCUCGUAAGACAUUCUCUGUUGCUUGUUCCAACUGACGUCAUCAUGGCUUCGACUGUCGGAUCGACCUCUAAUAUCCUGUCAAAGCUAAACAUCGAUGCCGAUUGGGCCGUCGAUGCUCCUCCCAAUCUUCAGCAGAACCUCUCUCUUCUCUCUCCCCAACAGAUUGAGCUGGCGAAGAUGUUGGUCGAAAUGGGACAGAGUCACGUGUUUGAGAAAUGGACUGAACCAGGGGUCGAUGAUGAUGAGAAGCGAGCUUUCUUUGAUCAGAUGGCUCGACUUAAUGCAAGCUAUCCUGGGGGUUUGAUGUCAUAUAUCCAAACUGCUAGACAACUGUUAGCAGAUUCAAAGGCUGGAAAGAACCCAUUUGACGGCUUUACACCUUCAGUUCCAUCAGGGGAGGUUCUGACUUUUGGUGACGAUAACUUUGUUCAAUUUGAGAAUAUUGGAGUUAGGGAAGCACGAAAUGCUGCAUUUGUUCUUGUUGCGGGGGGCCUUGGUGAACGGCUUGGAUUCAAUGGCAUAAAGGUGGCUCUUCCUGCAGAGUCUACGAGUGGAACAUGCUUCUUACAACACUACAUCGAGUCUAUUCUAGCCUUACAAGAUGUUAGCGGCGAACACCAAGGAGAGAUUCCUUUGGUUAUAAUGACAUCUGAUGAUACACAUUCACAUACUGUGGAGCUGUUAGAAUCAAAUGGUUAUUUUGGAAUGAAAUCUACACAAGUAAAACUUUUGAAGCAGGAAAAAGUUGCGUGCUUAGAUGAUAAUGAUGCAAGGUUUUCUGUAGACCCACAUAACAAAUACCGAAUUCAGACAAAACCUCAUGGCCAUGGUGAUGUUCAUUCACUUCUUUAUUCAAGCGGCCUUCUAAAGGAAUGGCAUGAAGCUGGUUUGAGAUGGGUUUUGUUUUUUCAAGAUACUAAUGGACUUCUCUUCAAGGCCAUUCCAGCAGCAUUGGGUGUUAGUGCCUCCAAACAAUACCAUGUUAAUUCUCUUGCUGUCCCUCGCAAAGCUAAAGAAGCCAUUGGAGGCAUAGCCAAGCUUACUCAUGCAGAUGGGAGGACGAUGGUGAUUAACGUGGAAUACAAUCAGCUUGAUCCUCUGCUUAGAGCAACUGGAUAUCCUGAUGGUGAUGUCAAUUGUGAAAACCGCUAUUCUCCUUUUCCUGGAAACAUAAACCAAUUGAUUUUCGAACUUGGCCCUUACAUCGAAGAGCUUACAAAAACUGGAGGUUCUAUAAAGGAGUUUGUAAACCCCAAAUAUAAAGAUUCUAGCAAAUCUGCAUUUAAAUCUUCUACUCGGCUAGAGUGUAUGAUGCAAGAUUAUCCUAAAACAUUGCCUCCAUCAGCAAGGGUUGGAUUUACAGUGUUGGAUACAUGGCUUGCUUAUGCACCUGUGAAGAACAACCCUGAAGAUGCUGCUAAGGUACCCAAGGGAAAUCCAUAUCACAGUGCUACUUCCGGAGAAAUGGCCAUUUAUAGGGCAAACAGCCUCAUAUUAAGAAAGCCUAUUACCGCUGACGCGGCAUGGGUCCUUUCCAAGCACAAGCUCGGCACUAGGUCCGGCCAAGGCCUAGGCAUUACCCAACGGCAGUUUUUUUGA